GGUUGCAUGUGGUAGAUAAGGCGUAUGAACAGUAGCAAACGACAUUGUUUGACACGUUGGGUAGAACGUCUUUUUUCGCCACUUUCGAGAAGCCCUACCUAAAUUGGCUCAAACGUUCUCUUGCUAGUAUACAACUUGCUUUUAAUAAUCGGAGUGUUUCAAGGACCGCUUGGGAAAGCCUAGUGGAGUAGGUGGCUUCGAUUCGCGCCCGAGGCGUCAACCCAUCGCGCCAUAGGAUACUGUGAAGCUAACUAGCAAAUGGCGUCAAGCGCCAUAGCGAAGGGGCCUAUACAAACAGGCCCUAGAGACCCCCGAUGCGGCGUGUUACGAAGCCGCAUUACCCUACAUAAAGCUCCCGCUGUCGGAUGCUGUGGACCUUUUAGCCCCUUGGGCUUGCACGAUGCGUCCGCCCGGCGACACCUCCUCCCGCUGCAGCUCCGCGCCUCCUCCGCACCCCAACUCCGCCGGACAGCUCUACUUCAAUCCCUGUCCCCAUCUUCCUCAUCAUCAUCAUCAUCCUCUUCCUCAUCAGCAGCAGCAGCAUCAAGCCGGACACGUACCGUGACUGCAGCGGCUGCCAGCGACGCCCCAGGCCCCGCCGCACCCGCAAAGGGUCUUGGCGGUGAGGUGCGGGGCCUGCUGACCGCCGCGCGUCACCAGUCGGUUCGCUUCUGGGAGCUGAGCGGCAAGUUCAUGCCGAUGGUUGGGCUGUUCUUCAUGCUGGCCUUUGUGAACACCAUUCUUGACAGUUUGAAGGACACGCUGGUGAUCACGGCAGCGGGGGGAGGGGCGCAGGUGAUCCCCUACCUCACGGUCUACGCGGUGCUGCCCUCCUCGGUGGUGUUCCUGCUGCUGUACUCGUACGCAUCGCAGCGGUUCAGGAGACAGGCCCUCUUCAACGGCAUCGUGAGCGUCUUCAUGGCCUUCUUCCUCGCCUUUGCCUUCGUCCUCUACCCCAACCACGCCACCCUGCACCCCGCCGGCUGGGCGCAGCGCCUGUCUGCCUCCCUGCCCCUGGGCCUGGACGGCGCGGUGGGAAUGGUUCGCAACUGGACCUUCACGCUGUUCUUCUGUAUGUCUGAGCUGUGGGGGGACGUGUGUUUGGGGCUGCUGUUCUGGGGGUUUGCCAACGACACGACCAGCCUGGCGGAUGCGCCCACGUUGUACCCGCUGUUCGGGCUGGGGGCGAAUGUGGCGCAGGCGUUGGCGGGGUUCGUGCUCAAGUUCUUCUCCGGUUCCAGCUCCGGUGACUCCUUCACGGGUGAGAUCCAGGCGCUGAUGGCGGUGGUGCUCGUCUUCUCCGUCGCUGCUCUUGUACUGCACCACUCCCUCUCCGUCAAAGACAACAUGAAGCGGCAGCAGCUGCGGCAGCAGCGGCGCGAGCGGCGAGCGGCCAAGGCAGCCGCUGCGGCUGCGGCUGCUGCAGCGACGGAGGCGGCGGCUGCCGGUAUUGACGGUGUCAGCAGCAGCGGCAGCGGCAGUGGGGAGGAGGUGGCGGCGGCUGCUCCGUUGCCUGCGGCUGCUGUUCCUGCGGCCCCAGCCGCCCCGGUUGACCCCAGCCAGGCACCCCGGAGGAAGGCGUCCAAACAGAGCCUGGCGGAGAUCUUCCGCACCCUGGCUUCCUCCGUGCCCAUCCGCUGCCUGGUGGUCAUGUCCAUGGCGCAAGGGCUGUGCACCAACCUCAUGGAGUUCGCGUGGAAGAGCCACAUACGGCUGCUCUACCCCACUCCCGCAGAGUUCACCAGCUUCCUGGGGGAUGUGUCCACCUGGCAGGGCAUCGUGACGGGUCUGCUGAUGGUGUUGUCCCCCACCAUGUUUGAGCGCAUGGGCUGGUCGGGUGUGGCGGCGGCAACCCCCCAGAUACUGCUUUACGGCGGCGGGUUCUUCUUCGCAAGCGCCAUCGCCUACCAGUUCUUGCUGACUCCGGGCGCCUCCACCGCCGCCGUCGCCACCGCCGCCAGCACCGCCGUACUGCAGAUCCUGGUGUACGGCGGCGCGCUGCUGUACGUCUUCUCCAAGAGCGCCAAGUUCUCGCUGUUCAAGCCGGCGGAGGAGAUGGUGUACAUAUCGCUGGACGAGGAGGGGCGCACCAAGGGCAAGGCGGCGAUCGAUGUGGUGGGCAGCCAGGCGGGCAAGAGCGGAGGCAGCGUGCUGCAACAGGUGUUGCUGCUGCUCUGCGGCGGCGCCAUCGCCGGCCAGCUCCCCGCCAUGGUUGCUGUGUAUAUGGUCAUCAGCCACGCCUGGCUGCGAGCCGUGGCCACCCUCUCGCGUGUCAACAACUACGGCCAUGCCAGCAGCGUGCACGAGUCCAUGAUGUCGGUGGGGGAGAGCUCCAUGGACGAGCUGCAUGAGCUGCCGUUGGAGGCGUUGAAGCAGGAGGCGGGUGUGCAGGCGGCGG